CUUCUCUUUUUAUAUCUCUAUGGACACCUGGUUUCGGCUUUCCGUUUCCGGUCUCGUGCCGGAAGUGGUUCAUCUGGCCUCUUCUGCGCCGCCUGGCCUUCCUUUGCCGCAGCCAUGAAACCUAUCCUCUUGCAGGGCCAUGAGCGGUCUAUUACUCAGAUCAAAUAUAACAGGGAAGGAGAUCUACUCUUCACGGUCGCCAAAGAUCCGAUUGUUAACGUUUGGUACGCUGUCAACGGCGAGAGACUUGGCACAUACAAUGGGCACACAGGAGCCGUCUGGUGCGUCGAUGCUGAUUGGGACACAAGGCAUGUACUGACCGGCUCUGCGGACAACUCCUGUCGGCUCUGGGAUUGUGAGACAGGGAAGCAACUUGCUCUGGUGAAGACCAGCUCCGCUGUGCGAACCUGCGGCUUUGACUUCGGAGGAAACAUCAUCAUGUUUUCCACUGAUAAGCAGAUGGGGUACCAGUGUUCUGUGAGCUUCUACGAUCUCCGGGACUCCAGCCAGAUUGAGGACAACGAACCGUACAUGAAAAUCCCUUGCAAUGACUCCAAAAUCACAAGCGCAGUUUGGGGGCCUCUUGGGGAGUUCAUCAUUGCGGGGCAUGAAAAUGGGGAGCUGAACCAAUACAGUGCAAAGUCGGGGGAGGUCCUCAUGAAUGCCAAGGAACACACCAAGCAAAUCAAUGACAUCCAGACCUCCCGUGACACGACCAUGUUCAUCACCGCUUCCAAGGACAACACGGCCAAGCUGUUCGAUUCCACAAAUCUUGAUCACUUGAAGACGUUCCGGACGGAGCGGCCAGUGAACUCAGCAGCUCUCUCUCCCAUCUUCGAUCAUGUGGUGUUGGGCGGUGGACAGGAAGCCAUGGAUGUGACGACCACUUCCACCAGGAUUGGGAAGUUUGAGGCCAGGUUCUUCCAUUUGGGUGUCGAGGAGGAGUUCGGAAGAGUCAAGGGGCACUUUGGGCCCAUUAACAGCGUUGCCUUCCACCCUGAUGGAAAGAGCUAUAGCAGCGGUGGCGAAGAUGGUUACGUCCGCAUCCAUUACUUUGACCCUCAGUACUUUGAAUUUGAGUUUGAGGCUUAAACCAGCUCCUUCCUCUUUCUACUGUUGCCUUUGGAUCUUUGCAGUCCCAGCAAGACCUGGCUGUUCCAUUAGAGAGGCUCAAUGAAGGGCCCAAAUGGAGGCAGGUACAUUGUGGCUGCUCCUUUGUUCUCAGGCAGCAUUGAGAUACCCAGCUUCUUAACCUCACUCUUGGAAUAACAGCUGCCUACCUGAUUUGGCCUAUUUAUAAAAGUUACAUAGAGAGAACCAAUAAAUUUUCAGUCAUGUCUACAAGCAGAA